CACAAAGAUACUUAAUAACAUAAAUAAACAAUAUUUAUGACUUAAAAACAUAAAUUAAUUGCAAAUAUGUAUCAAAUAGAAAUAUUUGAUAAUGAUAAAAAUCGUCUUAGCAUAUCGCCCGAAGAUAUUCAAACCAAAUGUCGAGUUUGUCUUAAACAAAAUGGAACUAUUAAUAUAUUUGAAACUAGAGAAAAUGAACAUUUUUACAGUGAAAUAUUAGCAGCUUUGUCUUCGCUUCAAGUUGAUAAGAUGGAUGGAAUGCCACAAAAUGUAUGUAAUAUAUGUGGGGAUUUAAUCACGACAGUUCAUUCAUUUAAACAGCAAGUACAGGCUUCACAUGUCAUAUUACAAAUUGCUUUAGGGCAAAUAAAUCUAAAUACCAUAGGGCAACCAUCAUCUAAAGCAGACUUUGAUGAUAUUAAAGAAUUAAAAAAUGACGUUGCUGUUGGUGAUAAUACAACAAAUUCAAAAAUCAUUGAUAAAAAAUAUGAAUGUUCUUUCUGUAGUCUCAAAUUUGAAACACGUUCCGAAUAUAUAUUUCACAGAAAAAGAGAAGAAAGACAAAGAAGAACAAAACAGUCUUGCCCUCAUUGUCCUAAAAAAUUUUUCACUUAUGAGUUGAAGGAUCAUAUGAAUUCGCAUACAAAAUUCAAACCUUAUGAAUGUGAAACAUGUGGUAUUAGAUUUGGUUAUAAAACAAGCCUAACUUUACAUAAUCUGAGACAUAAAUCAAAUGAAAUUCCCAAAUUCACAUGUGGGGAGUGUGGGAAAAAGUUCUUUACAAAACAUACAUUAGGAGUACAUCAAAAAAUGCAUGGAGGGCCUCCAUAUCCCUGUAAAAUCUGUAACAAAUUAUUUUCAAAAAGAAAUGUAUUGAAAUUGCACUCAAGGAGUCACUCAGGUGAAAGACCUUAUUUGUGUAAUGACUGUGGAGCUAGUUUUUCCCAAAGGGGACAUCUGAAUACUCAUAUAAAACUCAAACAUAGUAAUGAAAAACCGUUUUGUUGUAAUAUGUGUGAUAAAAAAUUUGCUAUAAAGAGCCAUCUAAGUGUUCAUUUGAAAACACAUUCAAAGGAAAAAUCUUACUUAUGUACUGUAUGUGGAAAACUCUUUACUCAAGAAACAGCCUGUAAAGCUCAUAUGUUGUCCCACUCCGAAGAACCGGGCAUCUUAUGCAACACCUGCGGGCAACUAUUUCCCAGUAGGGUGAAACUGUUUGAACAUAUAAGAGAAAAACACGGAGAACUCCCCUUUAGUCCUGUAAAUAAAAAGCGUUGGCCGAAAGGAGUUAAAACUCGAAUGUGCGAGUUGUGCCAAAAACAAUUUGAUAAAAAAAGCACCUAUGAAAUUCAUAUGCGCACCCAUACUGGAGAGAAACCAUUCUCUUGUAAAGAAUGUGGAAAAAAAUUUACCCAAGGAUCCCACUUGUAUUAUCACAUGAAGUUACAUAAUGGAGAAAAAGACUUUGGCUGUCAAUUCUGUAAUAAAAAAUUCACUUUGAAAGGGAAUUUGACACAACACGUUAGAACUCAUACUGGAGAGAGGCCUUUUGAAUGUGAGGUUUGCUCUAAAAAAUUUUUCACCUUAAAUACUUUAAGACGUCAUAAAGUUACACAUCUUCCCAAGUAGAUAUUUAUUUAAAAGGAUUUAUGUGUAUGUAGUGGCAGGUUUCAUUUACUAAUGCUGAGUCUGACAACCUUGUAAUAUUCUGAUUGAAUAUUUAGUUAAUUAGCUACAUCUUUUUAGAAAAAUAAUUUCGCCAUGUUUUCAGAGUUAUAUUAGCGUUUUGUAGUGGGAUUGUGGCAAAAUUAAACACCGAAAUGUACCAACUCUAAUAUAUU